CGCCAACGGUUGAGGGAGACAUUAAGGAGAAAAUGGCGUUCGUGGUGUUUUGGUCUUGGGGUAAUGUUGCCUGACUAUUUAAACAAUUUUAAGGACUCAUGGGUUGUGUUGUUUUUUCGUUUUUAAUCAGAAAUCGUUUUAAUUGUUUCGUUGAUGAGUGUUAACUCUUUCUUAAGUGGAUUUUUAAAAUUUCAGCAACUUUAAAAUAUAUCUAGCUAGCGUAAUCUAUUGCUGGCUAAAUUUGGUUAGCUUGUGAAACAUGUAGUAAAUUGGCAUGAUGAACGGCGCCUGUCGCUACACAUGCAGAUAAUGGGUGAAUAUUAAACUGUAAAAAAACAGCGCUCUUUUGCAUACUUAUCCUAUGAGCCCCUUUCUUGGCAUGUCCGUUAAGGCUCUGAGGCUAUAUUUUUAGACUGCUGUUUUCACGAUGGCUUUACAUAACAUUGUUUUUCUUAUCGAUGUGGACUUAGAAGAUCACGAGUCAGACAGUCAAGUUAAUGUGAAGAUCGACUUUAUAAAAAGAGGAAUACUGCACAUUUUGCUGCAUUUUGGAUACAAACUUGGGCUGGAGAAGUUGCGUUGGGGAUACAAGUUCUUUCAAUCCAAGGCUAGCCGUCCUUCCAACACUUUAUCAAGGGCUUCGGAUUUUAAGGAGCUUCGACAAAAAACAUUUGAGGACUUUGAACAAGACUUCGAAACGAGGAUCGACUUGAAGGGCAAAUUGUGUUCAACCCGCCAGAAGCCCUGUCAGUUGGUCCAAAACGCACUGAGAGAGACGCUCCUGGACUUCCAGUGGGACAGACCAGACAUCACUUCUCCAACUAAACUGUCUCUGAGGCCCAGAAGGACGAGUCGUGGUGGGAAGCCCAACCUAUCACAUGAAGAUGACAUUUCUAACAGUGUGAAAAACUUUGUUUUUGUUGUCUCACAAUGCCCAAAUUCCUGGGCUCAAUUUAUGGAUUAUCUGUCUUUCAAAGACAAAGAACUAUCAUCGGAUCCCACAGAGCACAUUAUUUCUAAGAGCCUUAAAGACAUGUUGGUUCAGCAGCUAGUUAUUCUUCAUUGGAUUGACACCAGAUCCUAUAAUCAGGUUGUGAGCUGUGAGGACCACCUUGGCUCUGAUGAGGUAGCUGGGGUCCUCUCUCAGGUGGGUGGCAGGAUAAUCCCUCUCGUUGCACUGUUGGAUCUCUGCUGUCAACAAAAGUCAGACUCAAGACUGGCAAAAGAUGCCUUUGGAUUGAAGUCUAGUAUUGGAUACCUCCUGUCCUCUGAAAGUCUCUUCCAGCAAGCUCGUGGUGUUCUUCGAUGGGAUCAAGGGAAUAUAGCACAGAGUUGUGCAGUCACAGUGGAGCCAGUGCUAUGCAGGCAGAGAAUUCCCCAGGAGCCUGUUGAAGUGUGUCUCAAAGCACUGGUGCCUUGCUGCGAUGCUUCGUCCGUGACACAGAUCUCCACAGAGUCAUGGGUGCUUAAGGGCGACCAGGAAGCUGCUGCCUUCCUACAACUUCUAAGGGAACUGUCUUCUCUUGAUUCUAACAUGCUUGCAGAGGUGAAUGUCGGUGGACUGGUGUGUUCGGCUGUCCUUUCUCCUCUGUCACACUCGACAGCACUACUCACUGUUCUUCAGCCGGAAAUCCCUCAGCAGAAUCAGCUCCUGAAGACAAAUGCUGAGGCACCUCAAACCACCACUGAUCUGCCAGACGUAGUGAGCAGUGUUCUGGGAGUAGUUUAUGACAUCAUGAACAACGAUGAAGAUGCUGUCAAUGAUAAAAUACAAGAUCCUCCGGUCCCUGAGUGGGCUCAGCAAGAAAUAAGCCACCCACUGACAACAAGCUUGUUGGAGACCUGGUUCCCUCUGUCAGACUUGUCUGGAGUGAGCUCUCAUUUAAUGGAGUCUUUCAGGUUGCUGAGUGCAGUGCCAGAGCAGAGUGAAGAAGAAGAGGCGUGUUUGCUUCAACAAGAGCUGAUUGGUGGUCUUUCUGAACUGUAUCAAGCAUCUCAGGACCAUGUUAAUAAGAGAGGGAGGAAACGUGGCGCCCAUUGCACACCGGUGAAACAGAAGAUGAAGACGAUGAGUCGUUCUUUGCAGAUGCUGAAUGUGGCUCGUCUGAAUGUAAAAGCCCAGAAGAACCAGUCUGAGGAGGAGCAGAUGGCUACUGAGAGCAGGACGGUAGACAAACCAGAGAAGAGACGGACAAGUGCUCGUGGAAAAUCUGCAGGGCAGAGUUUUGUCAGUUUCAAUGAUGAGGCAGAGCUGCUGACUCACCUGAAGACGAGCUAUGACAAGACUGUGGCAGAGAAAGACUCAUCUCUGCUGAAAGUUGUUCAACAGCUAGUAACCGCUGUGAAAGCUUUUCUUGAGGCAAAGUUGACUGGUCAGGGGCAAACCUCCUUGUUUAUUCAGAAUCAUCUCCUAAAAACAAGCAAAUCAAUCAGACAGCUUUAUGGAGCAGAUGCUGACACUGAUAGCAAAGUCAGAGAGUGCCAACUUCAAGUGAUGCUGAGGCUGGAGCUGUGCAGUAUGUUGGCUUCAGAGCCAUCUGACUCACUGGAUUCUGAUCAGAUGACUGAGGAGGCUGCUGAGAUGCUUCGGGUUAUCUCCCUGACAAAAGAUCCGGUUUUCCUUUCAAGAUUUCUGCUAGAUGAAGUCAUCCCUGGGUAUUUGAAUUCAGUUCCCAGAGAUCUUGCAAACAUUUACCACAAUUUGGGAACUCAGUUGCCUGAAGCUUUGAUGGCUGUUUUGCCGGCUGACUUCUUCAGUGAUGAAUCCAUCAACAAAGACAGCAUCUCACCCUCUGUCUCCUCAUCCAAUAUGUCAGCCUCCAACUUGGCGUCUAAUGGUAACGAUGGUCUGCAGGACCUCAGAGAUCGCACAGUCAAUAGGAAAAGAAGUGGGAUGUUGACCCGUCAUCGGAGUAUGACCGAAUCAUCACAGAGUUUUCGUCAAGUGGAGAUUCCCAAGAAGACUUCAAAAGCACCCAAACCUGGCCGUGUUGCUUCAGAGAAACCUCCUGUGGAAGCUCAGAAACAAGAAACCAAAGAAGUGACCAAAGUUAGAAGAAAUCUUUUCAACCAAGAAGAUGUUACCCAGCCAAAAAAAUCCAAAUUGUCCCGAAGCCAGUCUGUGUCUGUAGUGGAAGGACUGAAACGCAAGCGGCCUGAUGACACUGAAGAGAGACACAAGCUUCUUACAAAGAAGGUUUGUGACACUCCCGUCCACAAGCAGGUGUCAAGUCGGCUUCUCCAUCGACAGAAAAUUGGAAGGAGAUCUGACCUCUCUGAAGAUUUUAUUGUGGAAGAAUCUCCUGUGAAACCAGCAGAAGAGCUCAGACGGAGUCCAAGGAUACAGACGUUUUCUAGAAGACACUCCAGCACUUUCUACUCAUCUUCUCAGUCUCGCUCUCGUAACCUGGACAGAGCUCUUUCAUCAUCGCAGCUUUGCCUCAGUGACGCCAAAGCCUGUGAGGUUAACGUAAAAACAGUCAAGUCUCCACUGCGACUUCUCUUUGGAGCUGCUGAAUCUCCUGGCCGUGACCAGCAUGUAGCAACCAGAACCACCAGGUCUCGACUUUCCACAGGCUCCAGUGUUUUUGAGAGUCCAAACAAAACUCCAACCAAGUCACCAAACAGAUCUGGAGCAGCUGUUAUCGAUUGUUAUGCUCUCGGGACUCCUUGUACUCCAAAAACCCCUGAAAGGAGACUUUCAACCAGGAUGCAUACAUCUUCAGGUGCAGAGACUCCAGCAGAAGGCUCCUCUGGUCUUGCUAUGACAUUGAGGAACAGUCCUUUCAGAUCUCCAGCUGAAACACCUCUAGAUGUAGAUACGCCUUUAAAGCAGAGCCCCAUGAAAAGCCCUUUGAAAAGUAUCCUCAAGACUCCAGUAAAAAGUGAUGACUACUCCUCUUCAAUGUGUUUGCGCAGAAAUCAGGUUUUCAGGACUCCUAAGAAAAGUGUCACCUGGUCUCCUUCUCCUCAAAAACUGAAAAAAUGUGAAAAUGUUUCAUCCUUCAAAGUACCAGAGUCGCCUAAAACUUCAGCUCCCAGUUGUUUUGGAAUACUGAAAACACCCAGCAAGCUCAGCAGUCCUGUCCAAAGCUUAAACACUACAAGAGACAUUUUUACAACCCCAACAAAAAUCUGUCAAGUUAAACUAGUGAGGAUGCCUGAUGAGGCUUUUUUGACCCCAGAGAAAACUUCAACAUUACUUGAAAAGCCUGGCAGGACUGAAACACCCAAGAAAGACGACAAUUUUAAUCCUCUUGAAAUGUCUCCUCCUCUGUCAACCUCGCCCUUAGACCAACGUCAAUCACCUCAUUCUAGAGAUAGCAAUCCUACCAAGACCCCCAGUCCUGGACGACAGAUGAUUACUCGAUCAGGGCAAACUCCUGGAAAACAUUCCUCAAGAAUUUUUCCAUUGAAGUCACCACAAAAAGAUGCCGAUACUUCAGAGGGUUCACUGUCUUUACUCAAGAAGAAAAUGGAAUCACUUCAAUUUAGAAGAAAAUCUAUGCACAAUUUAAAACCAGAGCCUGUUGAGAACUUUGUGGAAGAGAACAUCAACUUGGGUUUACAAGAAGAAGCCUCUCAUUCGUCUGAGACGGACUCCAGUUUCCACACAGACUCUCAGGAAAACAAUUCUUCUCAAGGAAACUCUGCAACAACCAGCAGUGAUAGUUUGGAUAUUAUUGAUGCUGCAGUUGUAAAGUCUCAAUUUAAUGGAGGACUCAAGAUGAACAUUAGUUUUUCAAGAAAGCCUUCGGUGUCAGAAGACUGUCUUUCAAAAUUAAAAUCCCCUAAACAUAGAGUUGCACUCGCUGGGACACCAAGCAGGAGCUAUGGCUUUAGACAAACUCCAGACCGCCAACAGAGAGAGGCUGCUGCUCGUUUAGGUUACAGUAAUGAAUUCCCUCGAUUCUCCACCCCUAGAGGUCCCAGAAGACUCGCGCAGCAAAAGGGAAGUCCUCUUACCUAUCAAGUAGAACUGGAAAUGCAAACAUCGGGCCUCCCUAAGCUUAAAAUAAAGCGCACUGACUUUUCAUCAGAUGGAAGUCCACCUGUAGGGACUCGGAGCCCUUUUGGAGGUUCAAAACCUUACUUUGAAAGCCCCUUGGCUCUAUUAACUAAGCACAAAGAUCCUGGUUGUGUCUCGCCAACUGUCUGUGCUCACGCCACGCCAGCCAAGACUACACCAUUGAAAGGUGUAGGUGUGCAGACGUACAUCUGUCAGUCUUACACCCCGACCCGCCUCCCUGCAGUUGCAAUGUCCCCAGUAGCAGUUGCAGACGUGAUUCCCCUUACUCCUUCACCUCAGUGUGUGGGAAAAGUCACUACAGACAAUCUGAACAGCUGGCCCCGCAGGAAGAGACCCAACAUCGUAACCACUGGAGGUAAAGAUCGACCGCUGAAGGUUGACCCUCAGCUGGAGGAGUUGCUGGAAGAGGCCGAACUUGGCGUUGGGAGGUUGCAGGACAUUGAGGACAAUGAUGAACCUUCUGACAAUAAUGCAGAUAAAAUGGUACCGUCUUCCAAACCAAUGGUCUCAUGUGGAGCUGCUACAUCUCCCGUUUCACCACAGGAGAAUUUGUACUGGACAGAAAAACUGGCAGAGCAGACUGGCUCCAACCCUCAGGGGAUGGAUUCUGUCUUCUGGUCCCAUGAAAAUGGAGAUUCUAAAACAACGAUAGAGACUCCUCCCAGUUCAAAGAAGAUGAAGCCAGUGACAGCCAGUGGUAUUUUGGCCCUCACUCAGUCCCCGCUCCUGUUUAAGAGCAGACCAGGCUCCAGUCAUCCGAAGAGAUCCAACUAUAAACAAGAAGCGGCUUCAGAGAACGCUGAAACAGAUGCAGUGGACCUCUUUGACUCCAAUCCGCCAGACAGACACUCAAGAACAGGAAAGACCUACAGUAGAAAGAGACUCAUUCAUUGAACCCCUUCCCCGACAAAAAUAAAAUAAAAAAGCAAAGGGGAGGCAUGCAGAGCGAAUAGACAGAAUUUUAAUCUUUAUGGUACUGUGAAGCUGCGAGCCGUUUGACGGCAUUUCUAAAAGAUUUCUUUCAAUUAUCACUUCAAAGAGUUUUUGUUUCCUUCAAUCUGCUUCACUAACGUUUUCACAUUUUCUGUUACAAUAUUGAUUUUUCUUUUAGUUCCCAAUAAUUUUAUUGUUGACAGUUUUUUAUCAAAUUUUGUUCUUAAAUGGCCUUUAGUAUUACAUAUUUAUUUCAUUUUGUUGCUGUUAUUAUUUAUUUCUCUUGACUCGUAUAAAUUUUAACAUUGGAUAUAUGUUGUUUUGACCUUUUUCUGCUUUGUUUCAAAGAGUAAUAAAAAACAAUCAUCUGUGGUAUAUGUCGGUUUUAAUGGUUUGUGAGGAUGCGAUUCAUCAUAAUGUAAAUAAAUAUUCCUUUCUAACUUG